GGGCGUCGUACAAAGCUACGCAUGUAGUGCCUUUUCUUUAGUUUUCAUAUUUCAACGGCGCAUCCCCAUUGUUUGUUGACACCAGGUUGAUCACAGAGACAUAUUUGAGAAGAAGAGGGUCCAAAAAUGGCAGAUACCCUGAAUCACAACCCCUGCAAAAACCCAGUUCGUUGGUGAAGAAAAAACAGAGAGAAAAUCAACUGCGUAAAAACAGAGCAACCCCUUUUUGCAGAAAUGGGAUCAGAUUAUGGACUCCCCAGAGACCUUUCAACUCUUCAAAAGGCUCGAUCUUUUUACAAACCGUUGCUUCCUCCUUGCCUUCAGGGAACUACUGUGCGAGUAGAAUUUGGUGAUGCGACUACUGCAGCAGAUCCUUCUGGUGCUCAGGCCAUUAGUCAAUCGUUUCCUCACACUUAUGGUCAACCUUUGGCUCAUUUUCUUAAACCUACAUCCAUUGUUCCCGAUGCACAGAUUAUCAACGACCACCCUGCAAUCAAGGUCGGAGUGGUUUUCUGUGGUAGACAAUCUCCUGGAGGACAUAAUGUUGUUUGGGGUUUACAUGAAGCUCUCAAAAUCCACAACUCUUCAAGUACUUUGCUUGGAUUUCUAGGUGGUUCGGAAGGUUUAUUUGCUCAAAAAACCCUUGAGAUCACAGACGAUGUUCUUGCAACCUACAAAAAUCAAGGUGGUUAUGAUCUUUUGGGAAGAUCGAGAGAUCAAAUAAGAACAUCAGAACAAGUUAAUGCCGCCAUGGCUGCAUGUAAUGCUUUGAAGUUAGAUGGCUUGAUCAUUGUCGGAGGUGUAACAUCAAACACCGAUGCAGCCCACCUCGCUGAGACUUUUUCUCAAGCAAAAUGCUCUACAAAGGUGGUUGGAGUACCUGUUACUUUAAAUGGAGAUCUCAAGAACCAGUUUGUGGAAGCUAAUGUUGGUUUUGAUACAGUUUGCAAGGUUGACUCUCAACUCAUUAGCAACCUAUGCACAGAUGCUCUUUCUGCUGAGAAGUAUUAUUAUUUUGUUCGACUCAUGGGUCAGAAGGCCUCACAUGUUGCCUUGGAAUGCACUCUUCAAUCACAUCCUAACAUGGUUAUUCUUGGUGAGGAAGUUGUUGCUUCAAAACUUACAAUUUUUGACUUAACAAAACAGAUAUGUGAUGCUGUGCAAGCUCGUGCAGAAAAAGAAAAAUACCAUGGUGUUGUUCUACUUCCAGAAGGGCUUAUAGAAAGCAUCCCUGAAGUUUACGGGUUGUUAAAGGAAAUCCAUCGAUUUCUUCGACAAGGUGUUUCCAUUGAUAAAAUAUCAUCACAAUUGUCACCUUGGGCAUCUGCAUUAUUUCACUUUUUGCCACCAUUUAUUAGAGAAGAGCUUCUUCUUUAUCCAGAAUCAGAUGACUCAGCACAAUUGUCACAGAUAGAAACAGAAAAGCUUCUUGCUGUACUUGUAGAAGCAGAAAUGAGCAAAAGACUGAAAGAAGGAACAUACAAAGGGAAGAAAUUUACAGCUAUCUGCCACUUUUUGGGAUAUCAAGCUCGGGGUUCUCUACCUUCAAAAUUCGACUGUGACUAUGCUUAUGUUCUUGGACAUAUUUGUUACCAUAUUUUGGCAGCUGGUUUGAAUGGUUAUAUGGCCACAGUAACUAACUUGAAGAAUUCUUUAAGCAAGUGGCGUUGUGGUGCUGCUCCAAUAACGGCUAUGAUGGCUGUAAAGGAUUAUGGUAGUGCUUCGGGAUCCAUAACUAUUGGAAGACCCGUUGUCCAUCCUGCUAUUGUGGACUUGAGAGGAAAAGUAUACGAGGUGCUUAGACAAAAUGCAACAAAGUUCUUAAUGGAUGAUGUUUAUAGAAACCCUGGGCCUCUUCAAUAUGAUGGUCCAGGGGCUGAAUCUAGGACUGUAAGCUUGUGUAUUGAGGACCUGGAUUAUAUGGGCCGUAUAAAGGAACUGAAUGUAUAUCUUGACAAGGUACGAAGCAUUGUGAAACCGGGUUGUUCUCAGGAUAUUCUGAAAGCUGCUCUGAGUGCCAUGUCUUCUGUGACGGAUAUUCUUUCUGUUAUGUCAUCUCCUUCAAAUGGCAACAUUUAGUUAGAGUCAUACGUUUGAGUUUUAGUAUCCUGAUAUUUGAUCAAUUGGGAGGCUGAAUAAUGAGAAAUAACCGUGUUUCUGUAGUGAAAUGCUGCCAUUUUGUGAAGUCUUUGUGGGUUGUGCAAAGGUAUAUAGAUUAUAGAGUAGUGUAUUUGUAUUAGAUAAACAUAAAUGACACUAUUUUAAAGUUUGAAAAUAAA